CGGAGAUGGUGCCCGGCGGGGCGGCGCCGGGCGGGCCGGGCUCGCCGCGGGAGAGCGCCGAGGGGGCCGCGGCGGGCAGGAAGCAGCGCACGGCCGCCCGCAGGAAGGCCUUCUCCCUGUUCGUCAAAACCAAGGAGGUGCCGGCCGCGUCGCGGUGUCCCGGCGGCGGAGAGGGCGUGCGGUGGCGGUGCUGCCGGCAGGCGUUCGAGGAGCUGUCCGGCAUCCACAGGCACGUGGCCCUGCACCACUCCGGGGACGUCGGGCGGCAGGCGGGGCUCGGUGCGGGGCUCGGUGCGGGGCCGGAGGAGGCCGGGGGAAGCCCCGAGGGCGGUCCGGCCCCGGCGGGCAGCGCGGCCCGGCCGAACGGGCACUCCUGCAACAGCCCGGAGAUCUCCUGGGCGCUCCCGGACACAAGCCAUGUCAGCCAGGAUGAUCUGACUAGCCAGGUGGGAGAAGUGCUUCUCUACUACUGUUACUGUGAGGUGAGGGAUCCAGAGAAGCUCUGUGCUUGGCAAAAGGCUUUGUGUCAGCAUCUACAUCUCACUGGCAAGGUACGAGUUGCUUCAGAGGGGAUUAAUGGGACAGUUGGUGGAAGCAAAGUAGCUACCAGUCUCUAUAUUAAAGUUAUGCUUUCCCAGCCUCUGUUCAAAAAUAUUUUGUGUCAAGAGGAUUUCAAGAGAAGUGCAGGAGGAGCUCACUGUUUCCCAGACCUUCGAGUUGGAGUAUUCAAAGAAAUUGUACCAAUGGGCAUUGAUCCAAAGAUAGUGUCUUAUAAGGAAACUGGAAUCCAUUUAUCCCCUCAGGAAUUUCAUAGAGAAGUAGAACAGUAUUUGUCUCAGGCCACUCAAGGACAAAGCGAUACCAUCUUGCUGGACUGUAGGAACUUCUAUGAAAGUAAAAUAGGACAUUUCCAGGGCUGUCUGGCUCCAGAUAUCAGGAAGUUCAGUUAUUUUCCAAGCUACGUAGAUGAAAACCUGGAGCUUUUUAAAGACAAGCGUGUCCUGAUGUACUGCACAGGAGGGAUUCGUUGUGAAAGAGGCUCUGCUUACCUCAGGAGCAAGGCAGUGUGCAGAGAGGUUUACCAGCUAAAAGGUGGAAUUCACAAGUACCUAGAAGAGUUUCCAGAUGGAUUCUACAGGGGGAAGCUGUUUGUAUUUGAUGAUCGUUACGCCAUUUGUUCCAAUGAAGAUAUCAUCUCAGCAUGCAGAUACUGUGGGGUGCUGUGGGACCAGUAUAAACUUUGUUCCAGUCAGCACUGCCGGCAGCUUGUCCUGACAUGUCCAAGUUGUUGCAACAAAGGUCUUACAGCUUGCUGUCCUGUUUGUCAAGAGAAGGCGCUCAAGGUGACUUCAAGGGCUUCAGGACAGACACUUAAGGAGGAAUGUGAAUGCACAAGGAGACGGCCAAGGGUACCAAUUGAACAUGUCUCACCAAGGAUACUGGACACAGGAAAAGAUUAAGCUGUUUCAUUGGUUAAUCUGGCAUGUGCUCAUGUGGAGGGCUUCUGUAACCAGUUCUCUGUUAAUCAGUUAGGUUGGGAAAUUAUGAAAAUAUGUUGGCUUGGAAAGUCUUGUUCAUAUGCUGCCUUUAAACAUAGAAUAUGCCCUGAAAACCAUCCAUUACUUGCCUGUAAAUUACCAGAGUGCCCGAUCCAUCACCAGCACUACUGGAUUCCUCUCUGGGGUACAGUCCUGUAGUGUGGCCUUUACCAUGGGGAUUUUGGAGCAGAAUAUCUGCAGUGUGGCAGAGCUGCUCACAAUUCAAAAGAAACUGAAGGAAUUCAAGAACAAUUCCAUUUUUUUCUUCCUGCAUGGAGAUCAACCUCUCUGACCUCUCCAAGGGUCAUGCAUAUGCUUCAAUAGUUUGUAGUAAGGUAUGCAAACAGCAGAUUUAUCAGUUUGGUGUGUGUAUGUGACCAAAUUAGAUUCUGAAGAUAUA